AUAGCCACGUUGAGGAAGUCUUGAAUAUUGUCGCUCAUCUUCUUUCAUUUCUUAUCUUGUCUCAAACAUUGUGAACCGCUUUCACGUGCAGUCAUGGCGUGCGUAGCUUUAACUUCUCUAGCCUUGCUUCUGUUUCUGCAGUUAGGUUCACUGCAGGCAGGUGAGGUUAAAAUAGAACACUUAAAAAAAGUUGAUAAUUGCGACCGACAGGUGAAAAAAUUGGACAAGUUGAAGAUGCACUAUACGGGAACUUUGGAGAAAGAUGGAAGCAAAUUCGACUCCAGUUUGGACCGAAACGAGGCGUUUGAGUUUCAGAUUGGUGUGGGUCACGUGAUCAAAGGCUGGGACGAGGGUUUGAUUGGAAUGUGUAUCGGCGAGAAGAGAAAACUGACCAUUCCACCCGAUAUGGGAUACGGAGACCAGGGUGCAGGUGAGAAAAUCCCACCUGGGGCGACUCUCGUGUUCGAGGUAGAACUGUUGAGCAUUGAGGAUGGCGAUCCCCCGAAGAAUAUCUUCAAGGAGAUUGACGUGGACGGCGACAACCGCUUAUCGAAGGAUGAGGUAGUGCAGUUUCUCCAGGAACAGAUGAAAGGGGAGGAGCCACAAGAUGGCCCAGAGGGGAACAUGGAAUCUAAUGAGAAAAUGGCUAGCGAGAUUUUUGAACACGAAGAUAAAGACAAAGAUGGUUUCAUUUCCCACGAUGAAUUCAGUGGACCGAAACAUGACGAAUUAUAAUGCUUGUCUGAUGGUAGAUUUUUUAGUCCGUACCACAUUUCAGGGUCGCAGUUAAAAAAAAAAAAAAAUUGGUGUGGGGUUGGGAUAGAAUGGGGGUAGAUUGACAAAUUCAAAAUGACUAACAUGUAUUUCCUUUCACAUGAGCAAAAAAAACUAUCAAUUAUACAUGUAAAUGUUGUAUAAUUGUAGAGUUUAGUAUGUACCAGAUUUUAGGCCACAGCUAACUAUUUAAUAUAUUACAUGUAAUACAUGUGUGUACAAUACAUGUAUAUCUACAUGUACUGGAUUUAUUUUCAUUCGUUGAUUUUUAAUCAUCUCAAUUAUUUAGAUCAUAUACAUAUGUGUGUGUAUGCUUUAAAAAAAAAAAAUGUGUGUAUGCUUUUUAAAAAAAAAUGCAAAAGUUUAGUAUGUAAUACACAUCUAUAUAAUACAUGUAUAUUACAUGUGUUGGGUUUAUUUUGAAUAAUUUUACUUUUUUAUGUUUACUUGUAACAUUUUGUGUGGAUACUGUACUAGGCUCAGACUACCAACUGCCAGCAGAAAGUUGGCCAACUUUGUGCUGUCAUGACUUCUACGACUGUCCAGCUGCUAGUCUGAGCGCUCUUACAACUCGAUUCUCGUCGUAUACAACUCCUACGACUGUCCAGUUGCUAGUCUGAGCGCUCUUACAAAUCGAUUCUCGUCGUAUAACCCAUUAGUUGUUAAUCUUGAGUGUACCUGUCGUAAGUUGGGGGAACCACAAUGCAACUGUUCAGUUGGCUGACUUUGUGCUGGUAGUUGGUAGUCUGAGCCUAGCAUUAGAAUAACUACAUUGCAUGUGUGUGUGCCGUUAAAUUAAAAAACCCAAAACUAUAUACUCAUUUUGCGAAAUCAAAAAAUAGAACGGGGCAAUCUUUUAUGGAUAUAAAACCUAAUUGAUUAAACAUGAUGAAAACUGGGAUGUUUUUGUUUUCUUCAAAUGACCAAUCAAAUACAAUGUUUGGCUAUUAAAUGUUUACAUCCAGUAACCACAUUAAAAAAACAAAAACAUUCUCGCAAAAUUGUAUGUUCAAAUUUUAAAAAAGUAGUGGAAGCCUUACGGAAUAUUUACAAAAAAAUAAAAUUGGUCAGGUUUUAAAAUUAGCAUGUUAAUUAUUUAUGCAAAUUAUUUAUAUUUAUGGUUUUACUACCUAGAUACUUGCAUCAUUUUAAGCAGGGGUGGAAUAAGUAUUUGGAUUAUAGGAUAUGGACUGUACUGUACAUUCGUAUGUCAUAAACAAUAGGGAAAUAACCAAUUAAAUGAAUGUGUAAGGAAAAAAAAAUAUAUAUAGAUAAGAUGAGGCAUAGUAGUUCCUAUUUUGGACACUCCUAAUUCAUACGACAUUGUUGGAACUUCGGUCCAUGAUGGGUGUGCUUCACAACAGUCUGCUCCAAAUACCAGUACUUUCCUCCCCCCCCCCCCCCCCCCCCCCCCCCUUUGAGAGACCUACAAUGUGUAUGUACAUGUAAAUCCAGAUUUUCUGGAACCCUAGAAAAUUAGUCUCUUAGAAUAUUUUUGCUUGAAGUUUACCAUUAAUUACGAAUACACUGGAACUUUGACUGCUUAAUUUAGAAUAUCUUUCAUAUCGAAAGUUGUCAUGUAGCAAAAGAGAAAAAAAAAUUAGGAUUGGGGGGGGGUGUAAGUUUGAGGUGGGCGGAAUUUGGAAAAUUUUUAGUAAGUUGGGAAUAACCAUGUCUGGGAUCAAUUAGAGGCCAAACCAAAAAUUAGACUGCUCAUCCAAAGUUGAAGGUGAUUGGAGCAAUUUAGACGGACUGCCAAAAAUAAAGGGUGCCAGACUCUUUACAUGAAAGAGAAAAAAAACUAAUUGGUUUUAUUGGCAUUAUGAAAAGUCAGGUUUUAAAUUAAACAUUAUUUGGAGGAUUUUCUUUGAAAAUGUAUAGCUAAAGUCAUAUUAAUUUUGUCUUUAAUAGUGAAGAUGGUUUUCUGCAUAAAUCUUUCUCGAUUUUGUUACUAAACAAAUUAACCAACAUUCAACUUGAAUACGGAUUUGGCGAUUGCCAUCUUGGUGUCCGACAAUAAAAAUAAUACGGAACAGGGUAAAAAUGUAUCCAAGAAAUUACUUUAAACUCUGAUGGUAAUAAUAAAAUAAUGUAAUAUCAAACUGAAUACAAGAUGCAUGUAUGAGAAAUUAUAUUAAACUUGAAACAUUAAUAUCAAAGAGAUUGUUACAUAAAAAGUGUUAAAUGUUGACAGUAGUAAUAAUAUCAAAUGGGUCAAACAGAAAAUAAACGAAAAAUCAUAGUAUUAUUCAAACAGUUUGCAUGUAAAUAUUUAUUUUGUAGAGCUUUAAUUAGUAGUAGGCAUGGAGGUAUUCUGGUUUUUAUUAAUUUUUAUUUGUAAUUUUUUUUUUAAACCACAUAAAGUUAUUUGGAGGCGUUUUACACAUUCAGUUUAUACAUUAAAUAUAUUAUAGAGUUUUAUAUACGGCUUGACUUGGAUAAUAGUAAUAAAUAUAUGUAUUACUACUAGCAAUUUUUGUCUCUUUACUUUUUUGACGGGAGUGGUUACAAGUUCAACCUUUAUGAUAGUUUCGCAUUUGGAUCAGUUGCUCACAAACUAUAAAUCCUAAAUCAAUGAAACUUGGUUUGUAGUUGUGCCUAUGCGUGUUCAUCACAGUUCACCAAAAAGGUUGUAGUUGAGACAUUUAAUUCUGCAAAAAAAAAAUCAGUGUAUUUUUUAAUUAAGGAUUGUAUCUUUACAUUCAUCCGGGGUAUAAACAAAUAUCAUUUGCCAAUUUGAUUCGACGAAGCAGUUCACACACAAGUUUGAGGAUGAUUUUUUUUGUUCAAACUCCGAUGAAUGUUAAAGAAAUAACCCAUAAUUAUUAUAAUUAAAUUUGAAACAUACUUACAGGUACUAAUAAUGACACUAAAAGGUCAUAGUCUAUUUAGAUUAUUGGGUUUUUUUUUGGGAGGGGGUGUCCUAAAUAAUAACACUCAAUAAGACCAAGUACCAAGAUAAAGUGACGUUCAUCAGGUAUGACGUUCCUUGACAUUAUUUUCACGUUCAUCAAGAAAUGAAGAAAAUCAUGUUUGCUAUAACUGGUCCAAUGGGAUUCCGUUAACUUGUGAUGACUGUCCCAUGUCCAACUGUAAGCAUGUGUUGAACUUUAGUCUGAAUCAGUUUCUGUUAGUUUUGUUAUUUUUAACAUAUUUUGUUGUUGCUUAGAACAUGGAUAUAUAUGUAAAGCAGUGAUUCGGGGCUCCCAACCCCGACACUGCUAUAUGAUCUGGGACAAUAAAUAUUUAUUUAUUUAAAAAAUUUUUUUUUUAAAGAAUGCAACAGAAAUUUAAUAUUUUGCCUUGAUGACCAUUUCUACAGUAUUCUGCAUCAUAAGAAGUCACAAAAAAUCAUAAGAAGUCACAAAAUAUACCUGCUAAUGGAAGUGCCAGAUUGUUGAUUUUAAAGCAAUUGUUAAAUAGUUCUGGGGCCCGUUCCAUGAAACGAUCUUCGCCCUUAAGAUGAUCUUAGGGCUAAGAUCGCUUCGUGGAACGGGGCCAAGGUCAGUAGCGGCAUUAUAUAUAGUUAAAAUGACAUUUUCUUGCUUAAAGUAUUUAUAUCUGUAUUGGUUUAGGACUGUCCUCAUGUUUGUAGUGGAUUUACUUUUCACUAAUUUUGUUCAGUAGUAACAUUUGGUUUGAGUUACUGCAAACAUUACAGUCACUAGAAAACCCCCCACAUUAGAUUUAUAAUUAAUUUUACAGCAAGAAAAAGUAAUUAAUAUGGAAUUUAAAUUGUUUAAUAAUCUCUCGUUUGCUAAAAAAAAAAAAACCAAAAACAAGAAAUCAAUACAUAUUUUUUGAUACUUGUUUAUCAUCUAUAUCUAGUCAGUUGAUUGGAUCACAAAAUUAUGAAAAAGUUGCCAGAAUAUGAUAAUUAGGAACCAAACAAUAGGGUACGGAAAUCACAAUGGUUUUUUAUACCUAUUUUUUUUUUUUUUUUUUUUUUUUUUUUUUUAAAUAUAUAUAUAUUUAAUAUAUAUUAUUAUUACAGAUAAUACUGUUUUGGUUAGUUACUUUAAUUUUACCAAAAAAUAUUUUAUUAAAAGAUUGUUAAAAAGGCUACUGCUGUUUUUUAUAUUUUUGCCAGAUGUGCAGAUAUUUAAUAAAUAAUAAACAUUGAAAAUUAAAAUCACAACUGAAUCCCAUUUGAAGUACUAGUACAUGUUGGUUUAUUUUAUUAAAAAUUUUUUGGUGAAAAACAUGUACACAUCUUAAAAACAAAAACAUAUCUGGUUUGUAAUUAUGAAUUACAGAGUUUAAAAAGCAUUUUUAUUGUUGAUGUUUCUUUUUUUUUUUUUACAUUAAAUAUUUGCCGUUAAAAUAGUAUAGAAAUAGUAAUAGUACUGCAGCUGUAUAUGAUCAUAUAUAGUAGGUUUCUGUCAGAGGGUAAAACGGGUAUGGCCAUACCCAAAAUAUUUUACAGAUUUGUUUUGUACGUUUUGACAAAAUUGAUUACUCUUAUAAUUACUGUGUGAUUUUUUAACCCAUUUUCUUUCUGGGGGAGGCCCCCCCCCCCCCCCCCCCCCCAUACACCCUGUUGACUGUGGUUGCAUUCACUUCCAAGCACCAUACACAAAUAUUUCUUUCUAGCAGAAUCACUGACUAUGUAUAUGAGAAAUGAACAAAUUGCAUGCAAUCUGGCUAUAAGUUAGUGUGCAAACUUCAUUGUUUUAUUCAGCCGUAAAUUGUACGAGAUGGGUGGUGGGUCAACAGCUCUCCCCCCCCCCCUUCCUCUGUACUGGAGCAGAUCUUCACAUUUGGCCGUAAAGGUUGGAGACUCAUUGGUAAUUGGCUUUCAAUUAGCAGCAAAGGAUCUUUUUAUUUUGCGCUUAUAUUUUAAUAUCAUUUUAUUAUGGCAUGGUACUAUUCACCAAAUUCACAUUUAGUGAAAUUUUUUGGAAUGAUUUCACACACCUUGCCCUUGGGGUUAAUUGCUAUAUAUGUUUAUACAGAUGCUAAGCCUGAUCAAAACUCUCAUGUCUUCCAUUUAAUUUUGUGUUGGUGUCGGCAAGCAUGUUAUAUUUAUAGUAGUCAUACAUGUGUGAUUGAAACUGUCACAGCAUUCCAUUAGUGUAAGUUAUUUCAACAAUAAAACAAUUCAUAUCAA